CCUCGUCGUAGCAUUUGCCUUCUUUUAGCUCGAGCGAAAAAAAUCAAGGAACGCGCUCUCUCUCUCUCUCUUUCUGUCUCGAAAAGCUCUCGACUUUUGGUUUGAGCAGUGAUGGCCGGCGGCAAGGGCGAGGGUCCGGCGAUCGGGAUCGAUCUGGGGACAACUUACUCGUGCGUGGGGGUGUGGCAACACGAUAGGGUGGAGAUCAUCGCCAACGACCAGGGCAACCGCACCACCCCCUCCUAUGUCGCCUUCACUGACACCGAGCGGCUCAUCGGCGACGCUGCCAAGAAUCAGGUCGCCAUGAACCCCAUCAACACCGUCUUCGAUGCCAAGCGAUUGAUUGGGAGGCGUUACAGUGACCCCUCCGUCCAGAGCGACAUCAAGCUGUGGCCUUUCAAGGUGAUCGCCGGUCCCGGAGACAAGCCCAUGAUCGUCGUCCAGUACAAGGGCGAGGAGAAGCAGUUCUCGGCGGAGGAGAUCUCCUCCAUGGUCCUCAUCAAGAUGAAGGAGAUUGCAGAAGCCUAUCUCGGGACUACGGUGAAGAAUGCCGUCGUCACCGUCCCUGCCUAUUUCAACGACUCGCAGAGGCAGGCCACCAAGGAUGCUGGAGUCAUCUCCGGCCUCAACGUCAUGCGAAUCAUCAACGAGCCCACUGCCGCUGCCAUUGCCUACGGUCUUGACAAGAAGGCCAGCAGCUCUGGCGAGAAGAACGUGCUUAUCUUCGAUCUCGGUGGGGGUACUUUCGAUGUCUCUCUCCUCACCAUCGAAGAGGGUAUAUUCGAGGUGAAGGCAACCGCCGGUGACACGCACCUCGGCGGAGAAGAUUUUGACAAUAGGAUGGUGAACCACUUCGUCCAGGAGUUUAAGAGGAAGCAUAAGAAGGACAUCAGUGGUAAUCCGAGGGCUCUUAGGAGGCUUAGAACCGCCUGCGAGAGGGCCAAGAGAACCCUCUCCUCCACCGCCCAGACCACCAUCGAGAUCGAUUCGCUGUUCGAGGGUAUUGAUUUCUAUUCCACCAUCACGCGCGCCCGAUUUGAGGAGCUCAACAUGGACCUCUUCAGAAAGUGCAUGGAGCCGGUGGAGAAGUGUUUGAGGGAUGCGAAGAUGGACAAGAGCAGCGUCCAUGAUGUCGUCCUCGUCGGUGGGUCGACGAGGAUUCCCAGAGUUCAGCAGCUUCUGCAGGAUUUCUUCAACGGCAAGGAACUCUGCAAGAGCAUCAACCCAGAUGAGGCUGUCGCCUACGGUGCUGCAGUUCAAGCUGCUAUCUUGAGCGGCGAGGGCAACGAGAAAGUCCAGGACUUGCUUCUGCUUGAUGUCACGCCUCUGUCUCUUGGCUUGGAGACUGCCGGUGGAGUUAUGACCGUCCUGAUUCCGAGGAACACCACCAUCCCGACCAAGAAGGAGCAAGUCUUCUCUACGUACUCCGACAACCAGCCUGGUGUCUUGAUUCAGGUCUACGAGGGUGAGAGGGCCCGGACGAAGGACAACAACCUCCUCGGUAAAUUCGAGCUCUCCGGCAUCCCUCCUGCCCCCCGAGGUGUACCACAGAUCACCGUUUGCUUCGACAUCGAUGCCAAUGGCAUCCUAAACGUCUCGGCCGAGGACAAGACUACCGGGCAGAAGAACAAGAUCACAAUCACGAACGACAAGGGCAGGCUGAGCAAGGAAGAGAUCGAGAAGAUGGUGCAGGAGGCUGAGAAGUACAAGGCCGAGGAUGAGGAUCACAAGAAGAAGGUUGAGGCGAAAAAUGCGCUGGAGAACUACGCGUACAACAUGAGGAACACUAUAAAGGACGAGAAGAUCGCCGCCAAGCUCCCUGCCGCCGACAAGAAGAAGAUCGAGGAUGCCAUCGAGAAGGCCAUCAGCUGGUUGGACGGGAACCAGCUGGCGGAGGCUGAUGAGUUCGAAGACAAGAUGAAGGAGCUUGAGGGCAUCUGCAACCCCAUCAUUGCUAAGAUGUAUCAGGGUGCUGGUGCCGACAUGGCUGGUGGCAUGGAUGAAGACGGUCCAACUACUGGUGGAAGCAGCGCGGGGCCAAAGAUUGAGGAGGUCGAUUAAUUCGUUCUUGUUCGAAAGUAAUUGGCGUCUUGGUUACUGUCCUUGGUUGUUUUGCUAUCACUUUUCUUCUGCCCUGGUUAAAUGCAAGUCUCUCUCUCUCUCUCUCUCUGCUCGUCUCCUGUGAUAAGCUACUUUUGUUGACAGAAGAUGGAACACGACAGUGAUUGUUGUUGCUUGUUAUC